CAAGCUAAAUAUGUUAAGCGUGUGUCCCUAUGCAUCUUUUUCACUUCCUAAUACGCGUCUGACUUGAACUAUAAUCAUAUGAUACUUGUUUAUAUUGACAAUCCUGCUGUUUUAUGAUGCAUUAUUGUUCAAUGGAGGACACAUAGUUUACAGUCGUGGGCAAAGUUUUACAUUCACUUGUAAAGAACAUAAUGUCAUGGCUGUCUUGAUUUUCCCCAAAAUUUCUACAACUCUUAUUUUUUUUGUGAUGGAGUGAUUGGAGCAUAUACUUGUUGGUCACAAAAAACAUUCAUGAAGUUUGUUUCUUUUAUGAAUUUAUUAUGGGUCUACUGAAAAUGUCACCAAAUCUGCUGGGUCAAAAGUAUACACACAGCAAUGUUAAUAUUUGUUUACAUGUCCCUUGGCAAGUUUCACUGCAAUACGGCGCUUUUAGUAACCAUCCACAAGCUUAUGGUUGAAAUUUCGACCAAUCUUCUUGACAAAAUUGGUGUAUUUCAGCUAAAUUUGUCAGUUUUCUGACAUGGACUUGUUUCUUCAGCAUUAUCCACACAUUUAAGUCAGGACUUUGGGAAGGCAAUUCUAAAACCUUAAUUCUAGCCUGAUUUAGCAAUUCCUUGACCACUUUUGACGUGUUUUGGGGUCAUUGCCCUGUAGGAAUGCCCAACUGCGCCCAAGACCCAACCUCCAGGCUAAUGAUUUUAGGUUGUUCUGAAUAAAUUGGAGGUAAUCCUUCUUUUUCAUUGUCCCAUUUACUCUCUGUAAAGCACCAGUUCCAUUGGCAGCAAAACCGGCCCAGAGCAUAAUACCACCACCGCUAUGCUUGACGGUAGGGUUGGUGCUCCUGGGAUUAAAGGCCUCAACUUUUCUCCUCCAAACAUAUUGCUGGGUAUUAUGGCCAAAAAGCUCAAUUGUUGUUUCUAAAUCAGGCUAGAAUUACUGUUUUAGAAUGGCCUUCCCAAAGUCCUGACUUAGACGUGUGGACAAUGCUGAAGGAACAAGUCCAUGUCAGAAAACCAACACAUUUUGCAGAACGGCACUAAUUUUGUCAAGAAGAGUGGUCAACAAUUCAACCAGAAGCUUGUGGAUGGCUACCAAAAGUGCCUUAUUGCAGUGAAACUUGCCAAGGGACAUCCAUCAAUCCAUUUUCUACCGCUUGUCCCUUUUGGGUUCACGGGGGGAUGUGCUGGAGCCUAUCUCGGCUGCAUUCGAACUACUGCCUAUACUACUACCAAAUUGGAUUUACGAUUUAUAAAAUAUAAUAAUGUAGGGUUAGGGCUUCACGGUGGCAGAGGGGUUAGUGCGUCUGCCUCACAAUAUGAAGGUCCUGCAGUCGUGGGUUCAAUCCCAGGCUCGGGAUCUUUCUGUGUGAAUGCGUGGGUUCCCUCUGGGUACUCCAGCUUACUCCCACUUCCAAAGACAUGCACCUGGGGAUAGGUUAAUUGGCAACACUAAAUAAGUGUGUGAAUGUGAGUGUGAAUGUUGUCCGUCUAUCUGUGUUGGCCCUGUGAUGAGGUGGCGACUUGUCCAGGGUGUACACCACCUUCCGCCCAAUUGUAGCUGAGAUAGGUGCCAGCGCUCCCCGCGACCCCAAAAGAACGCGCACGCCUGUCCUCGCCUGUCGCGAGCGCGACUUGUGACGUCAGCGUCUUGCCGCGCAGUGAUGAUGGCGGCACGUGAACGCGCAGUGAAAGUAAUGGCUGCUGUGGAUCGGCGGGUUCCUAGCCUCGAUGAUUUCGUGGGUCAAAGCUGGACUGCCUGGACCCAGUGGGCUGCCGUGACAGCACUCGACGGUCCUGAUGUGGAUGAUUGCAAUAGAAAUGGCGAAAAGGCUGCAGAAGCAAUGUCACUCAGUAAAGAGGACAUGUCAAUCUUUGGCCUGUACCCAGGUCACGAUGACUUCUAUCUUGUGGUUUGUAGCCACUGUGGUCAAGUUGUAAAACCACAGGCAUUUGAGAAGCACUGCGAAAGAAGACACGGCACUCUGGCCAAACUUUACGGACGAAUUCGGUCUCCUACUCCUGCUCCCCAGCCCCAGCAGAAGCCCGUUCAUAGCCAUUCUCCCUCUCAUGGUACCAUUGCCAAUCCAUCUUCAUCGUGGGAUGGUCGAGGUCAAGCUGUCGGGUCAGCUCGACCAUCUGCUCCUUCCACACCACCCCAGCACAGACCCGCCAAGAACUCAAAGGAAGGAGCACGACAUUUCCCACUGGAAAAAUCAUCCCAUGGCAGCCACACAGAUUCAUCGAUAUUCAAGCAGCUGCCACCUCUGGAGCCACCUCUCAGCUCUCCUCCUCCGUCCCUUAGAGACCCUCCUUGGCCGCACGGAGACACUCCACCUGGUCGACCAUCACACACGGAGAGGCCGGCCAGCCAAAGAAAGGAUUCUUCUCCAGCCUCUGUGGUACCAAGCCACCGUAUCCCCAGACCCUACAACAAAAUGGCCUCCAAAAGGGAGUGUGACUUGGACAAACACUGCGGUGUCCUGGACCCUGACAGGAAGAAAGUCUGCACUCGUCUCCUAACAUGCAACAUCCACUCCAUCCACCAACGUCGGAAGGUGCCAGGCCGCAGUAAAAAUUUCGACCAGUUGGUGACCGAACUUAAGACGAAGGUUCGAGAGAAGGGGGCUCAAUCAUUAGAGGGAGGUUCCUCAUCUGGACGAUCCCCAAGUCCUGAAGCACCAAGAGAGCAAGCUGCGGGUCCACAUUGCCGCAGACCUUUGGCCACCCUCCCUGCUUUCGGUCGCUCUCCGGUUGUACUGGACGGCACCGCAGAGGACAACAGGCAGCUGCAGGAGGAGGGAAACCUCCGGGCUCCCUCCCCUCUCAUCCAUGGAACAAUCUCCAGUGACGAAAGUGAUGCAGAAGGAUCAGAAGAGCCUGUUGAGUUCUCAUCUUCUGCCACUCACCCACGACCACUAGCAAUGUGUUCGUUUGGAGGAAGUAUGUUUGGUCAUGGCAUCUACACGUUUGAUAGGAGGCUUCACCAUCUGAGGUCUGCUUUCAGCAGCAUGCUAGAGCAGCACAUCAGCGCACAUCUUUGGAAGAAAAUACCUCAAGCCACCGACCUUCAGUGUCCAACUUCAUCCACCAAGACGAACAGCUCUUCAUCUCCUGCCUCCAUAACCAGCGGAUCUCCGACCUCCUCGUCUUCGUUACACGCUAAAAUCCGUGCGGCCGCUCCCGUCAAGUCCUCUCUCAAACACGUCUCAUCCUCCUCAUCUUCCGGUCGCGUGGCUGCGAGACUGUCAGAGAACUCGGCUGGCGGGCUAGUAAGCAGUCAGCUCCUGUUACCAGGUAACCCAGUGUCGGUGCAUCCUACAGGUCCAGGACGGCCUAAGAACCCAGUAGGACGUCCUAGCAAGCAGACGCUGAAGCAGCGAGAGGAAGCUCCCUUCACUGCCAUAGUCCAUAAACGCAAAGCUCCGCCUCAGGAGGAACAUUCAGGCCCCAACAGGAACUGCGUUAUUCCACAUGAGCGAGGCCGCCCUCUUUCCUCCUCUUCUUCCACCUUCUCUUCCUCCUCUAAGGCUCCCAUCCCCUCAUCUUUUCCACACGGACAGACCAAUGGCACGCUUCCUUCUGGCAGCAAACCCCGCCCCCAGCCCGCUCCCUCAGAGUCACACUCACCGUCUUCUAAAACAGUUUGGACGUACAGACGGACACACCCGACAGCGGGACAUUCUUCACCUCCACAUUCCUCGUCUGUCCACAACUCUCACAGUCGCAGCGCCAUGGCGGACUCAGGACUGCAUGGUCACGGCAGUGGGAGGAGUUUCGAGGGUUUGAUCAAAAAACGCAAAGGAGGCGGCCUUGAGGAGCAGUCGCCUUCCUCCAAAUCCUCAAUGCACCGCCUGCCCUCUUCCUCAUCAUCAUCCUCUUCCACUCCUGCCUCCUCUUCUCCGCGCUCCAACUUCUACCCUUGGAAGGACAGUAAGGCUGGAGGUUUAGAGAAGAAGAUGGCGACCCAGAAGCCAAAACUGCACCAUUAAUUGUAGCUGCCUUACAAGCCACUAGAGGGAGCCAGAGCCACUCGGUCCAAGACCGAUGCGACAGGACUCUGCGUGCCUGCGCGUGUGUGAGAGUGAGUGUGUGAGAGAGACAGCCUGCACUUUGUAUGAAAUAUAUUUGUGUUAUGAAUUUAUCAAGGAGGUGUUGGGAUCAAAUGGAUUUAGAAAUACCUCAAGAUCAUCUGGUUAUGCUGCUAAAUGAAAUAUGUUGAUUUAUUAAAAAAAAAAAACGAGAUUAAAAAAACUCCUUUAUACA